AAGUUGCAGAACCACUGUCAACCUGCAUUUCAACUUACGCUGCCUUCAGCUACUAUAAUCUACCUUACUACUUACCCUCUUGACUCUCUCGCUCAGUAACUGUUUUGAAGGGCCGUCACACAACACAUAAACCCCCUACCACCUCACUCAAAAACAUGGCUGAUUCUCUCACCGAAGAACAAGUCUCCGAAUUCAAGGAGGCGUUUUCCCUCUUCGACAAGGAUGGCGAUGGACAAAUCACCACGAAGGAGUUGGGUACAGUGAUGAGGUCGCUGGGUCAGAACCCUUCCGAGUCGGAACUACAAGAUAUGAUCAACGAGGUCGAUGCGGACAACAAUGGCACAAUUGAUUUUCCUGAGUUUCUCACUAUGAUGGCUCGCAAGAUGAAGGAUACCGACUCUGAGGAGGAAAUCCGAGAAGCUUUCAAAGUCUUCGACCGCGACAACAACGGCUUCAUUUCGGCCGCUGAACUGCGUCAUGUUAUGACCUCAAUCGGUGAAAAGCUCACAGACGAUGAAGUGGAUGAAAUGAUCCGGGAGGCCGAUCAGGAUGGCGAUGGUCGCAUUGAUUGUGAGUGUUCCUUCUUUCUAGACUCGUGAAUAUGCGUACGGAAACAGCAUAGACUAACAUUACUUCCCAGACAAUGAGUUCGUACAGUUGAUG